UGACAAAUCUCCUCUGAACAAAUCUGGCCAAGAAACCUCCCUGAUAGGGUCACCAUAAGUCAGAAAUUACUUCAAGAUACACAACACCACCACACCAACAGAAAUUCAAGAGUACUUCUAAUGACUGCUUAAGUCGUAGAAUAUAUGGCCCAGCUGAGAUGUCAUAUUUCCUGUAAUUUUGAAGUCAGGCAGGGGAAAUCAGUAAUUUCCCCAGGUAAUUGGAACUUCACCUUUUAACUGCCUUAACUUAUUUUGUAGCUUGACAUCAUUGUGCCCAACACCAUUUGAUCACCAUAAUGUCUUUUAAAUGUAAUGCUGUUUCAUCAGCAUCAGUGAACAAUUUUUAAAAUCUCUUUCCUGAACUGUUUCUAUGAGAUUUUUUAUGGUAAUAGCUAGAAUAGAAUGAAAACCUGUAUCCUGAUAUGUUUACUACUAGGUUGCUGUAUGUGCACAUUGUUUGUUUGCUAUAAAAGGAAAGAGUCAAUGGUUAAUGAAAACAAGGGUAUGUUAACUGAUGGGGUUCCUCCACAGGUGUGCAUUUUGGACAGAUCACUCUCUCCUCUCCCCAAAACUCCCCCAGAUAAUAGGAACCCUGUUCACUUGUUAGUCAAGGAUAUCUACUCAACCUUUGAUCAAGGGGAGCAGAGUAGCCUUCUCACUUCUGUCUCUAUUUGUGUUUCCCUCUUACAGAUGAAGGGAGACAAACUGAAAUGGAGAGCCUUUUAUCCAUGGAGGUAGUCACAUUAGUUGAACCUGUACAUUUCCAGGGUCCCAGCUCAUGUGGAGUGCCUCCAUGAAUAUUUGAAGCUCAUCACUGCAGUCUCGUCACCUUUCCUGUAUGGAGAGUGAUGGCAGUGAGGAUGGAGUGCAGGUGGAAGCAUCUGUUCAUGGCAGCAAUGUGCACUGCUCAGAUAAGACAAUUGAGGCAGCAGAAGCCUUGCUUCAUAUGGAAUCACCAACCUGCUUAAGAGAUGCUAGAACGCCUGUGGAAGUUCUUGUCCCACCUUGUGUGUCAACUCCAGAAUUUAUUCAUGCUGCAAUGAGACCAGAUGUGAUUACAGAAACUGUAGUGGAAGUAUCCACAGAGGAGUCUGAACCAAUGGACACAUCACCUAUACCAGCUUCCCCAGAAAUGCAAGAGCCAUUGAAAAAAAAGAAAGCUGGUCGUAAACCAAAGACCCAAGUGCCAUCAGCUAUUACCAGUGCAUCUCCAGACUUGGGUAUAAAGAAAAAACCAAGAGAAGGCAAAGGAAAUACAACCUACUUGUGGGAAUUCCUUUUAGAUCUACUUCAGGACAAAAACACUUGUCCCCGAUAUAUCAAAUGGACUCAACGGGAGAAGGGCAUCUUUAAACUUGUAGAUUCAAAAGCUGUUUCCAAACUAUGGGGAAAACACAAAAACAAACCUGACAUGAACUAUGAAACAAUGGGAAGAGCUCUCAGAUAUUACUAUCAAAGAGGAAUUCUAGCAAAAGUUGAAGGGCAAAGGCUUGUAUACCAGUUUAAGGAGAUGCCUAAAAACAUUGUGGUUAUUGAUGACAAAAGUGAAUGCAGUAGUGAAGACUUAUCAAUCCCCACGGAUGAGAAAUCGUUGGAACGUGUUUCACUGUCUGCAGAAAACUUGUUGAAAGCAGCAACCUCUGCUCGUGCAGGAAAAAAUGCUUCUCAGUUGAAUUGCACUGGAACAGAGAAGCCUGUUACCAGAGUGGUGAAUAUCUCCUCAUCGGGGCACGAAAUCUCACCUUGUUCUCCCCCUGCCACCACUGUCCCAGCAACACCUGCUCCCAGGACUGUUCGUGUGGCCAUGCAAGUGCCUGUUGUAAUGACAUCUCUGGGACAGAAAAUAUCAACUGUUGCAGUGCAGUCCGUAAACACAGGGUCGCCGCUGAUGACCACCACAAGCCCAACAACAGCAGCAACCCCAAAAGUAGUAAUCCAGACAAUCCCUACAGUGAUGCCAGCAUCUGCCGAAAAUGGAGAGAAAAUCACAGUGCAGCCUACAAAAAUAAUCACCAUCCCUGCCACACAACUUGCACAGUGCCAGUUGCAAGCAAAAACUGGUUUGCCUGGGACAGGAAGUAUUAACAUAGUUGGAACACCACUGGCUGUGAGAGCACUUACUCCUGUGUCUAUAGCCCAUGGGACACCAGUAAUGAGACUAUCCAUGCCUGCCCAGCAGGCAGGUAGCCAUACUCCUCCCAGAGUUAUUAGCGCAGUCAUAAAAGGUCCAGAGGUCAAAUCUGAAGCUACAGCUUUAAAACAGGAAGGUGAGAUUAAGACGCUGCAACUUGUGCAAGAAGAAAAGCCAGCAGAUGGAACCAAGACAGUUACCCACGUUGUUGUUGUCAGUACACCCUCAGCCAUCGCCCUCCCUGUCACAGUGAAAACAGAGGGGAUAGUAACGUGUGAGAAAUGAAGAAGAGGCAGCUAUGAACAUUUAAUUGCAGAGACUAUUGUGGGAAUUAAGCAAACUGACAUUUAGGGAGGCAGGGAAAUGAACACAAUCAAGAAAAACAAACAGAUUUUUAAAAAUUGUUAAAAUAGUUAUGCAUAUAUUAGAAACUUACUGGAAAAGAAAUAAUGUCCCAUGUUUCAGUGGGAAUUGAACCACAUCCACACACUGACACAACUGCCUCUUGAAAAAUGGGCAGCUAAUAAAGCUGAUGAAGUAGGAAAAUUCCAAGGACUUGAGGGGGGUGGUGGUUCAAGAUGCUCAUUGCUUUAGCAAGUUACACUAAGACAUGGAACACUAAACUGGUUCUGUGUGGGGUUCUUGGUUGUACGUGUAUUUGGAGGAGGGAUGAGGCUCACUGUUACAAAUGACAAAUCUGAUGCAUUUUAAUGUGCAUACCAGCAAUUACUACUGUGUACUCACAGUAUCCAACUGGUGCUAUGUGAAAAACUCUACUAAGUAUUCUAGAAUGUGAAUAAAAGGAGAGGAUUAAAGAGCUUCUGAAAGAAGAUGAAGAUUGAGAAGGAUUUUUGUAUCAUACAGCUUAAGCAGAUUUUAAAAUGAAAGCCUUAGACUGAUUUUCAGUUAUCUUUCUUGAAAUAAGCUAAUGGCUUGUUUGUGUAAAGCAUUUUUUUAUUAAAGCAAUUUUUAAAAAAUCUUAUACCUAGCACAGUAUUGUUAUAGACUUACAUGUAACAUAUUUUGUACGGUAGUCAAGUCUGUCAGUUUCUUAAUUGUGGGCAAAAUGGCCACAGGGUUGUUUUGGCCUUUUGCUGCACCAGGCUUGAGUCACCCACAUAGCCUCAGCAUCUGUGCAUACAUUUCAGAUUCAGCUUCUACUCUGUCAUUUGAAAGGUCACGCUUGGCAUGAACUCUUGUCAGGUAGUUAAAAAGCCUGUACAUUUUUUAGUUGAAGUUAGAGGGAAGUACCAGUGUUCAGAAUGAACUAUAAUAGUUUGUAUAUUCAACAUUUAAAGUAUAUUCUAU